UUGAUUCCUGGCCCCAUGAAGACGACAGAUGUUGACAAGUACUCCUUGUAAACAAACUGGAACUUGAGUCAUCGGUCAUCCCUCAUACUUUUGCUUUCUCACCCCUUCUUCCGUGGGCAGCUGUCUUCUCCCUUCCUUCGCAUCUGCUCCUUCUCCUUGACAAUCUUGACCGAUAGCUAUAGUUCAAAAUCCGAGGCCAGCCCCUGAAUUUUGCGGCAGCUUAACUUGGGGUAAACUCUCCUUCAGGAAUGGAAGUCGCUUCCUUGAUUGUAUCACCUCUUCUACAGGUUAUCUAUGAGAAAUUGGCUUCUUAUCUCAACACUGUGGAAACUCCGAAAGAUCAAAGGAAGAAAAUCGAAAAGUUGCGAGAUAAGUUGCAAAUCAUUCAAGCCGUAAUCGAAGAUGCUGAAGAGAGACAACUGAAAGAUAAGAAGGUGAAGAUUUGGCUGUCAAAGCUUAGGGCUGUGGCUUAUGCUGCAGAUGAUCUCUUCGAUGAGAUCACCACUCAAGUUUUGCAGAGACAGUUGGUGAAAGAAAAGGUUCCUGUUGAAUAUUCAUCUUCGAACGAUACAGUCAAAUACAAGCUCAGAAGAAUUCCGGUAUCAAUAUAUGAAGAAACUCGAAGGCAGGUUCGGAUCACUUCUUUCGCUCUUCAAUCAAUUUUAAGUAGCUUUGAAAUGUCACGUAAACUGACAGAGAUUGUUGAAAGAUUGGACAAUAUAGCUAGAGAGAUGUCUACCUUCCAAUUCAGGGAAGUAAUAGCUUAUAAAAGAUUAGAUACUAUGGAGAAGCGGGAAACUGGACCUUACAUGGAUGAAUCAGAAGUUUAUGGUCGAAGCGAAGACGUGAAGAAGAUUGUUGACUUGUUAUUAUCGUCCGAUGGUGAAAGUUGGACGAUUCCAAUAGUUGGGAUUGGGGGAAUUGGGAAGACGACACUUGCUCAAUUUGUUUUCAAUGACCAGAGUGUGGGUGGACAUUUUGAUAUGAAAAUUUGGGUUUCUUUGUAUGGCAAAUUCAGGUCAAAGGAACUUCUGAGUGAAAUUUUGGAAUAUGUGACUAAGCGUAGGUGUGAGUCCCUCCAGAUGGGUGUUCUGCAAUCCCAACUGCAAGAAUCAUUAUGCGGAAAGAGAUAUCUACUGGUAUUGGAUGAUGUGUGGAUAGAUGAUCAAGAAGAAUGGGAUAAAAUAAAAAACCUGUUCAGAUGUGGUGCAGAAGGGAGCAAAAUUAUAGUCACCACUCGGAGUCAAAAAGUUGCUUCUGUAUUUAGUAGUAGUCCUCCCUACCUUUUGGAAGCCCUAACCAAAGAUGAUUGUUGGACUCUGCUCAAGCGGCAAGCAUUUCUGCAUGGGGAAGAAGACGCCUUCUCAAGCCUGUUGCCUGUUGGUCAGCAGAUUGCAGACAAGUGUCAAGGUGUGCCUUUAGCUGCUAAAGUUCUUGGUGGCUUGUUACGGUCCAAACGAGAGAAAGAUGAAUGGUUGCGUGUGCAAGAAAGUGAACUAUGGAACCUUGAUGCAGGUGAGAACAGAAUAUUAUCUGUCUUGAGGUUGAGUUUCAAUCACUUGCCAUCACAUUUAAAGCGAUGCUUUGCAUACUGUGCCAUAUUUCCUAGAAAUUAUCAUUUAAAUAAGGAAAAGUUAAUCCAACAGUGGAUUGCGGGAGGCUUAGUUCAAUUAUCUGCAGGUUAUGAUCCUAAAAUGCUUGAGCAAAUUGGCAAUGACUGCUUCGACGAUUUACUGAAGAUGUCAUUUUUCCAACCGGCAAGUAGUAGCAAUGUGGUAGAGUUUAAAGUACCUAAUCUGAUUUAUGAUCUUGCAAAAGAUGUAGCUGGAAAUGAAUUCUUGACAAUAGAAAACAGAAGCAACAGUGAUCAGGCUGAUGAUCUUGCAGAAACUCGACAUGCAUUGGUCGACAUUGAUUACAGGUCCAAUGUGCUACCAGAAGCCUUGUACGAAGCUCAUAAAUUAUGUACCCUCUACCUCUUGGCUUCUGGAGAUAUAUCAAUGAAAGCCCUAAGAAAAUUAGUUUCUGGUUUUAGGCACCUUAAAAUUCUGAAUUUAAGUGGAAGUGGCAUCAAAAGGAUGCACAGAUCCAUAGGUGAUUUAAUAUAUUUGAGAUAUCUUGACCUCUCAAACACUCCUCUUGAAACAUUACCAGAGACAAUUGGUCAUCUGUGCAAUUUGCAAACACUUGAUCUCUCAGGAUGCAAUGAUCUGGUAGAGUUACCCAAAGAAAUAAUUAUGUUAGUACAGCUGAACCAUUUAAACAUAAAGGAUUGUGCAAGGCUUGCUUGCUUGCCUGCUCGCAUUUAUCGUCUACGGAUGCUUCAGACUUUACCAAUAUGUUUUGCUGAUGAGGGCAUUACUGUGCUUCGACGUCUACGAUAUCUUCGAGGUGAGUUGAAAAUUAAGCACCUUGACAAUGUCCAUGGUAAUGUUUGUUUUCGGACAGAUUGGGCUGAGGGGGCCCUUGUCGGACAUUUGCAACUUCAGUCAUUGGGACUAUUUUGGGGUGAUGGUGAUGAAGGUAAGUUAACUCAGAACACAUCAAGACAAACCACACAAAGCAAAGAUGCAUCUGAAGCUUUGAUUGAAAACCUUAAGCCAAACGACAAAAUAAGAAGCUUGUCAAUAAACGGAUAUCCAGGAUGCGAAUUCCCACAUUGGAUGAACCCGUACGCAAUCAGCAAUUUGACAGAGCUCGAGUUAAUCAACUGCAAAAGUUGUGAAACUCUCCCCAAGCUUGGCCAACUUCCAGUCCUGAAGUGUCUUAGCAUCCAAGGGAUGGACAACGUGGUGAAAAUCGAUAAUGAGUUCUCUGGUGGAGGAAUGAGGCCAUUUCCAUCAUUGCUUGAACUAACCCUUCGAGACUUUCCUGAACUAAGAACUUGGGAAAGCAUUGGUUCAACAGAAGCUUUUCCUUGCCUGAAGAGACUAUCCAUCAUGAAAUGUCCAUUGUUAAUAACAAUGCCAAGGUUUCCAACCCUGCAACACUUAACGGUGCAAAACUGUGAUCCAGUGUUACUUAGAUCAGCAGCAGAGCUAAGAACACUUUUGACUCUUGUUAUUGACUCCUUUCUAAAGUCAACUUUCAUACCAAAGGUACUGCUGGAAAACUGCUUACUUCUUAUGUCUUUGAAAAUUAUCUCUUGUCCCAAACUUCCCACAUUGCCAGCUAAUUUGGGGAAACUCACAGCUCUGAAGUCAUUGAAAAUUGGUUGGUGCGAGAUGCUACACAGUUUGCCUCAUGAAUUAGGAAAUCUGAUCGCUCUAGAGAUUUUGGAUAUUGUUGAGUGUCCUAGUUUAAUUACUCUACCAGAGCAAAGCUUAGAAAGAUUGAGCUCACUUCGAUCGCUCUCUAUUGAAAACUGUAAUGGCUUGACUACUUUGCCAAAAGGAAUGCAACAUGCCACGGCCCUUGAGCGCCUAACAAUUAUGUAUUGUUCGAAUCUGGCUUCUCUACCAGAGGGUCUGCAUAAUCUCUUGGCACUGAGGAGGUUGACCAUUUUAAGUUGCCUAGAAUUAGCAUUUCUGCCAGAAGGAGUUCAACAAAUGAAGAUGCUACAAAAUCUGGAGAUUCAUAUCUGUCCAAAACUCAUGGCACUUCCGAAUUUGGAGAACCUCGUUUCCCUAAGAUCUUUGGCAAUUUCAGAAUGUCGAAAUAUUAAGUCUCUUCCAGAAGGCAUCCAGCAGCUCAGCCUUCAACACUUUUCCAUUCAACAUUGUCCUGAACUUGAAAAACGAUGCAAGGAAGGGGAAGGUGAGGAUUGGCCGAAGAUAUCUCGCAUCCCAUAUAAAUAUAUAGGAAAGGACACUGCAGCCAGCUCCUCAAGUUCGUAGUAGCACUACGGUGGCAAACAAAUAUAGCUGUCCGGCAUGUUGGCAUUUCAUACUCGUACGCAUGUGAUCUGCAUCUGCAAUUUACUUUCAACUUGCACAUACAAAUGACAGCUUUCCAAGUUUCUGAAUAUCAGUAUGAGCAGCUUUCCUAGUUUACUCAGCAUUGUGCUUCAAGGUCACCUGCAAUGUACGUCUAAUUGGCAGGAGCGUUUGUAACAGUCACUGGGUAGAAACAAUUUCCAAUUUGUGUGGUAUAAGUAAUUCAUGGAAAUAAUGAAGCUUCAAAAUGACUGGUAAUAGUAUGUGGUUUAUGUAUGAACAAUGAAUUAUUGAUGUAAAACUCCAGUACAAGUUUUUUGGCCCUAUUUAAGUCUUUUUCCCUGAAGCAAUAAUUAAUUUAUUCUACUGGCUGAUGUUUUAUCACCAUCCAUUAUCAAAUCUGGGGGUGCCCGCCGCUUUUGGACCCCAGAAUUAUUAUUCCUGAGCUUUGUUUAUUAAUAUCAUGCAAGAACUACCACUAACGUAAAACCCAGCCACCAGAGAAGGGAACACGGUGGUGGUCGCCGGUCAGUGAGUCAAGGUGUUGGCUGCUUAUAAUUUUACUGUAAAAGCUCUCUGUUUCGUGGACAUUUCUCGGCUUGAAAGAAACUAUUUUGCCAUCUCCCAGUCAAUCUUACCGCUUUUUCAUGUAAAAAGGUAGCCUUAAAGGCGCCGCCAAGAUUUCAAGAAGGGGACAAGAAGCUACAGCACACUCUGCGGAUGAUCCAAGCCGGAGGACGAGCUGCAACUGAAAGAUUAGUAGAUCAGGAUUUUGCUUACAAAGCUUACAGGAGUGGCUUAUGACGCUGAUGACUUUGCUACAAGAGUCAAGCCCUGCUUAAAGAGCGUAUCAAAAGGGCGCAGGAUGGUACAAUUGGUGGAAUCAUAGUCAUCAAGGUUCGGUGGCCUUCCUUUUAUGGCUACUUCAAAAUGCAACGGAAGCUUUAUGAUGUAGCAGGGUAGAUGACUAACUUCCAAUUAAAGUAAGUCAUAGCACACUACCGCUCAGACAAUACUGGGCCUCGCAUAGAUGAAUCACAAGUUUAUGAUAAAAAAGAGGUUCUCGAAAUGACAGCCAAUGUGUUGAUAUUAAGCAAUAGUGGCAGUUUAUUUGACCCAUCCGUGAUAGGUGUAGUUGGAACUGGUACUAUUAGCAAUGCCACCUUAGCUCUGUCGGAUAUAACCAACGCCACGGUCAUGCGGCAAUCUCGACUCCUAGAAAGCAAUAAAGUUUAACCAUUUGAAUGA